AUGCGCUUCGCAGCCCUGGUUAUCGGCCUCCUGGCCACCUUUGUUUCGUCUGUGGCUGCCACGGCCCUGACCUACCGCCUCGAGGCCAACGAGAAAGCGUGUUUCUACAACUAUGUCGACCAGAGGAACGUGAAGCUCGCUUUCUACUUUGCUGUCCAAUCCGGCGGUUCCUUCGAUAUCGAUUACUCCGUUGUCGGACCCGGCGAGAAGGUGGUCCUGGAUGGCACCAAGGAAAGACAGGGUGAUUUUGUGUUCACGGCCCAGAGCAUUGGCGAGUACCGGUUCUGCUUCAACAAUGACAUGUCGACCUUUGCGGAGAAGAUUGUCGAUUUCGAGAUCGCGGUCGAGAAUGAGGAACGCGCACAACUGCCCUCCCGCCAGGGUGCUAGCCCCGAGCAGGCCUCCGCUCUCGAGGAGUCGAUCUUCAAGCUGUCCGCUCAGCUCUCCACCAUCACCCGCAACCAAAAGUACUUCCGCACGAGAGAGAACCGCAACUUCAGCACCGUUCGUAGUACGGAGCGUCGGAUUUUCAACUUUAGCGUGAUUGAGGGCUUGAUGAUGGUUUCCAUGGCCGCACUGCAGGUGUUCGUUGUGAGGUUCUUCUUCCAGGGUGCUAGGAAAGGUUACGUGUGA